ACUGUGAUGCAGUGCCUUAGACCGCUGCGCCACUCAGGAGACCACAUUCUAUUCUUUUCUAUUCCGGUUCCGACAUGUCUCUCUCAGGAGAUGAUUCUGAAGCGGGCAGCAGACAUGGCAGAGGCGUUGUACACAACGUUGCCACGCAGCCACAACCAGCUGACUGGGAUGGGCAGCGGCUCCGUCCACGCCGGCAUGAUGGCCGUCAACUCCUUCCCCGGGUCAGAGGUCACACAGAUAGCCAAUCAGGUCGUUCCCUCCAGUCCCACCAUGGCCUCCACCACCAAUCUUCCCUCUAAUUGCAGUAGUUCUUCAGGCAUCUUCUCCUUCUCUCCGGCCAACAUGGUGUCUGCUGCGGUCAAACAGAAGAGCGCCUUCGCCCCCGUUGUACGGCCGCAGACCUCCCCUCCACUCACCUGCACCGGCGCUAUUGCUAACGGACUGCAAGUAGAUCAGUCUUUUGUGGACUCUAGCAAGUACUCCUCCUCCAGCUCUCUUCAGGGUCUGGCCUUCUCCUGAAGUAUGUUAGCUCUCUCUGUCUCUCUCUCUCACUCCAUUUAAUCACCCAUCCCUCUUUCUCUUCUCCUCCCUCUCAUGGUCUGUAGAUUAUAUGCUUCACUCCAUCCAUCAUUCCAACUCCACCGGGUUUUCUCUCCUUGUCCACAGGAUUUCCAUUCCUCUUUAUCUGUCUUCCUCUAGUCUAGUUGUUUCUCAUAUGAUCAGAGGGACCAGGUGGGGUGUUGCGGCUAAUACUAAGCUAGCUGACAAUAGUGUAAUAGUUUUUCUCUUCAGAGUGGCCCGUUGCGUUGACUUUGUGGGUCAUAAGAAAACCCCUAAAUCCUUUAGGUUGGUCACAGCAGGGAAACAGUGAAAUAUGUGCGAACCACUGCUUU